AUGUUAUCGGAGCAGUACGCCACCAUUUUAGCUCUGGCACUGAUCUUGCAAUUUUGUGCUGCUGCGGCUGCUGUGAUUUACUAUAAAUUAGCUUACGGAUGGAACGCUGAUGCGCUUAUCUUGAAAAUGAAUAAUGAAUAUCAUUUGGCAGACACUGAUACAACUCGUGCUGUAGACGAUCUUCAAAAACAAUUUCAUUGUUGCGGAGCAAGAAAUUAUCGCGAUUGGCAUGGGACGGGUUUUGAAAUUAAAUCGAGGAUUCCUUUAAACAAGAGUUCUACAAUUCCAAGUGUUGUUCCAAGUUCGUGCUGCAUUGGACCGCAUGCAGAAUGUGGCAGGAUAAUUCACCCUUCAAACAUUUAUUACAAGGGUUGUAUGUCAGCGAUUACGGAUGAACUGAACUCUACCCUUUUCAUAAUCUGUAUUGUUCUUCUCGCUCUCGCGGUUGUUGAGCUUAUUGGGAUGAUUCUCGCUUGCUGCUAUUGGAGGGCUCCAAAAUACACCUACAGCUGA